UCAUUUCCGAAGUUGAAGAAAAGGGUUCGCUGGGUUUAACCACCUGUACCCUCCGCUUAAUACACUCACAUUUCAGCGGUCGUUGUCUGUCGUCCCCUCCCGCUGCCCUCGCUCUGAAUCCCCGCAUGCGGACUCUGCUAUGACCGCAGUCGCAUGGAGGGAGGACACAUCUUUUAACCGCAAACAUCUAAAAACCACCGUAGUUCGUGUCCGCGCGGGGUCCAAGUGACGUUUGAAGACACCGUCCGACUGAGGGGAGCGGGGAGCGAGCUACAGCAAAAUGGCAACUCCGUAUGCGACGGACGAUUCCGGUGAGGAGGCUGCACGUGCCGGGAAAUUUAUAGUUUCCACUCAGAGACCUGAUGGAACGUGGAGGAAGCCGAGGCGGGUGAGGGAUGGUUAUGUCCCCCAGGAGGAAGUACCAGUCUACGAAAACAAGUAUGUGAAGUUUUUCAAGGGCAAACCCGACCUGCCGCCUGGUAUGAGCCCUUCCGAGGCGGAUCCACAGAACCAGCAGAAGAACCCCGGUGGUGCAGACGGCGACGGAGCCAAUCUCUCAAAGACGGCCAAACGCAACAUGAAGCGCAAGGAAAAACGAAAACAGCAGCAGCCGGACGGGGACGUGGACGUGGAGUCGGUGAGCGAUGCUGUGGAGAAUGUUUCCAUUUCAGACGGUGGCAAGUCUUCCAAAAAGGCGCCGGCUUCGGUCUCACCUGCCGACGAUUCUUCAGCAGCAGAAAAGGUCAAGAAGAUCAAAAACCUGAAGAAGAAGCUGCGUCAGGGCGAGGACCUGCAACAGAAAGUGGACUCGGGGGAAAUAGAGCAACCGACAAAGGAUCAGUUGGAAAAGCUGGCUCGGCUGGAGGCCUUACGCGAGGAGUUAGUGCAGCUCGAGCGUGACUCUUGAAGCAAUAAAGGACAGAAGAGUGCGACUGGACAGACAAACUACACACUGACACACAGGGGAAGGGACCUCUGCAGCUCUGUGAUGAAAGUUUCCAUGUAACAUAUUCUACCUGUUUGAUAUUCACCAUGAACUUUGAGAUUACACAGUUUCAGCUCCCUGCAGAGAGCGACACACUCCGAACUGACGAGCCUGUUUUCUAGAUUUCAAAUCUCCGAAACAACAUCACCACUCCUGCUCGUAUACUUGUAUUGUUACAAGUGCAGUACUGUGUAACUGAUCAGCUAUAAACAUCUUUUUAAGACCUCAUUGUAAAUUGUUCUGUGCAUGUCUGUCUUUUACAUGUCGUACCUUUCACAGCAUCAGGUGUCGCGUAAACAGAAAAACAGAAAACAAAUCAUUUUUUGAGAGGAUUUCGUUUGUUGACCUUUCUGCUUUAAUAUUUUUGUCGAUGACCGUAUGGCCUCAUGUUGUGCCACUAAUGUAAAGUCUAUACAGUCAUUACACUAAUUAAAGUUACAUGCUGCGUCAAAA